UUCAGCCGGAGUUUCCUCCGCAAGCGCUCCCAUCCCAUAGGCUGCUAAAAGUUGAUGCACCGAGUCUUUAUCAUGCAUGACAACUAUGCAUUUCAUUUUCUACUAAUUUCGCUUGUUCUGAGCAUCGGACUGAAGGCGAUAACAGCGGAUUCUGGGGAUGAGACGGAUGUGGUUGUCCCCUUUCAGUUAACCGGGGAUGAGGAGGUCCACCUGUUGCACGUACUCCGACGCAGCGGGCGCAGACGAGGGCAGCGCUCCUUGACGCAUCCAGAAAGACACCACUCUGAGAAAAAUGAGGAUAACUUGGUUCUCAUGUUGCCUGCCUUCGGCAUGGAACUAUAUUUACAACUCGAAAGGGACGCAGGAUUUCUUUCUCCAGAUUUUAUCAUCGAAGAGAAGGACGAUAAAAGGACCACGCAACAGACGCAUAUUCCUAUUAACAAACUUUGCUUUUACACCGGACGGGUUUUCAACCACAGCAACUCUUUUGCAUCGCUGAGCACUUGCGGUGGUCUGACCGGACUGGUCCAGAUUGGAGAUGACAGCAUGUUUAUCGAACCUGUGAACGUCGCUCAGGAAACUUUCUCUGGCGUGGAGCACAAGGUCGUUCGGCGGAAACGAUCCCCCAAGCCCAGCUCUUCUGCCGCAGAAACGCAUCCCAAGUACUGUGAAAUCAUACAAGGAAAGAAGAAGGAGAAAAGGCCCAAAGCAGCAGAGGAGGGGAGGGGCAGGAGGAACGCCAUCCGUCUGAGCGGGGAGUACACGGUGGAGACGGUGGUAGUGGCAGAUUCAGACAUGGUGCAGUACCACGGUGCAGAGGCAGCACAGAGGUUCAUCCUCACGGUCAUGAACAUGGUGUACAACAUGUUUCACCACAGGAGCCUGGGUGUCAGACUCAACAUCCGUGUGACCAAGCUGGUCCUGCUCCACAACCGCCCUGAGACGCUGAAGGUGGGCCACCAUGGGGAGCGGUCUCUGGAGAGCUUCUGCCACUGGCAGCACGACGAGUAUAGGGCCCGCUACCUGGGCAACAACCACGUCCCCGGAGGACGAGAUGACCUGCCUCCUGUGGACGUGGCCGUGUUCGUCACCAGGACGGAUUUCUGUGUGCAUAAAGAUGAGCCGUGUGAUACUGUAGGAAUUGCGUAUUUGGGCGGGACCUGCAGCUCCAAGAGGAAGUGCGUGCUGGCGGAAGACAACGGACUCAACUUGGCCUUCACCAUCGCCCAUGAACUUGGCCACAACAUGGGCAUGAGCCACGACGACGACCACUCCACCUGCACCGGACACUCGCACAUCAUGUCCGGAGAGUGGGUGAAGGGCCGCAACCCCAGCGACCUGUCCUGGUCCUCCUGCAGCCGAGACGACUUGGAGAACUUCCUCAGAUCGAAAUCCAGCGCGUGCCUCUUGCACACGGACCCCCGCAGCUACUACACGGUCCGUCUUCCCUCCAAGCUGCCUGGCAUGCACUACAGCGCGGACGAACAGUGCCAGAUCCUGUUUGGCACCAACGCGACCUUCUGCAGUAAUAUGGAGCAUCUGAUGUGUGCUGGACUGUGGUGUCUGGUGGGGGGGGACACCUCCUGCAAAACCAAACUGGACCCUCCUCUGGAUGGGACAGAGUGUGGCGCUGACAAGUGGUGCCGGGCGGGGGACUGCGUCAGUAAGACACCCAUACCCCAGCACGUGGACGGGGACUGGAGCACCUGGGGCCAGUGGAGCGUGUGCAGUCGCACCUGCGGGACAGGUGCUAAGUUCCGGCAGAGGAAGUGCGAUAAUCCCCCCCCCGGGCCCGGAGGGAGGCACUGUCAGAAGGCCAGCGUGGAGCACCGGGCCUGCGAGGGGCCCCCCUGUGCCAAGGGCUCCCCCACCUUCAGGGACCAGCAGUGCCAGUCACACGACCGGCAGGCCAGCAAGAAGAAGACCAACCUGUGGACAGCCGUCAUCAGUGACGAAAAGCCGUGCGCCCUGUUUUGCGCCCCCAUGGGGCGGGACGUGCCCAUCUUCGUGUCCGAGCGUGUCCUGGAUGGCACGCCCUGCGGCCCGUACGACGCGGACCUCUGUGUGAACGGGAAGUGUCAGAAAAUUGGCUGCGAUGGCGUCAUUGGCUCCUCUGCCAAAGAGGACCGCUGUGGCGUGUGCAACGGUGAUGGCAAGUCAUGCAAGAUAGUUAAAGGAGACUUCAAUCACACCAAAGGAAUGGUCACCAGUAGCCAUUGUAAGAAGGUUUCUACGUGUGUGAUGUCAAAGCCCAGGGCUGUUCCCAAGUGUUUUUCGUGUUACAUCGAGGCUGCUAUCAUCCCAGCUGGUGCCCGGAGAAUUAAGGUGGUGGAGGACAAGCCAUCGCACAGCUUUCUGGCCCUGAAGGACUCCAGCAAAAGAUCCAUCAACAGUGACUGGAAGAUUGAACUUCCCGGUGAAUUCCAGCUAGCUGGUACCACUGUCCGCUAUGUGAGAAGAGGACUCUGGGAAAAGAUCUCUGCCAAGGGACCCACUAAAACACCCCUGCACCUCCUGGUCCUGCUGUUCCAUGACCAGACGUAUGGCAUCCACUACGAGUACACAAUCUCCCUGAACCGCUCGCAGGAGAACAACAGCCAGCCCCAGAAUGAGCUGCCGCACCUCUACAUCUGGACCCACAGCAGCUGGGGGGAGUGCAGUGUCCAGUGCGGUGGAGGGGAAAGAAGCACCAUUGUUUCCUGUAUGAAGAUUGUCAACAGGACCAUGACUCUAGUAAACGAUAGCCACUGUCGCCUGGAGAAUCGACCAUUGCCACAAGUCAGACGCUGCAACACCCACCCAUGCCAAUCAAGGUGGGUGACGGCCGAGUGGGGGCCCUGCUCAGUCACCUGUGGGAAAGGACUGCAGCUGCGGGAGGUGCUGUGUGUGUACCAGCUGCAGAACGGCUCCUACAUCAACACCCGUGACCUCUACUGCCAGGGGCCCAAGCCUGCCCCCAUGCAGGGCUGCGAGGGGCGGCACUGCCUCACUGUGUGGGAGGCUUCUGAGUGGUCCCAGUGCUCCUCAGAGUGCGGGCGGGGGGUCCGCAGACGCACAAUCACCUGCACCAACCCUCAGGGCCAAUGUGACCCCACAUCCCAGCCCACUGAAGAGGAGGCUUGUGAGGACCACUCCAAAUGCUACGAGUGGAAGACCGGGGACUGGUCAAAGUGCUCGUCAUCUUGUGGGAAGGGCCUGCAGUCCAGAGUGGUCCAAUGCAUGCACAGAGUGACAGGACGCCACGGAAGUGACUGCCCAGCAGCGUCUAAACCGCCGGCGUACAGACAGUGCCACCAGGGGGCGUGCAAUGAAAAAGUCAAUGUCAACACCAUCACGUCUCCCAGACUUGCUGCUCUGACGUACAAGUGCAUGGGAGACCAGUGGGACGUGUACUGCCAGAUCAUCAGAGCAGAGAACCUUUGCCAAGACAUGAGGUGGUACCAGCGCUGCUGCCAGACAUGCAGAGACUUUUAUGCAAAUAAAAUGCUCCGAAACAGUUAAUGACACCCGCCGGUUUUUGACCUGUAUUUGUUAUUGUCACCUUUUUAAUAUUUUUAUUGUUAAGCUAUAUGUGAUUUCAAUGAAAUGAAAUUGGGAAAAUCUAAAAUGCUACUCACGAAAGUUGAAACUCCAAAGUUCUUGUUUGUUUUCUGAUGACUUGAAUUAGUUUUUUAUCAUUUGAUUUUUUUUUUUUUCUUUGUUUGCUGUAAGACCAAAGUGAAUAACCUCAUUGCCUUUAAGUGGCAAUCUUAUGGUGCCCCUUGGAAGAAUUGUGCAUAGUAUCUUACCUUAUUUACAUGAUUUCAUUAAGGUGUUCAGCUGGCCCUGUCUUCCCCAAGCCACUGGCUGGCCAGUAACCAAAAAUGGGAGCGUAAGAGACUUACUUUAGUCCCCUGGCCAACGUAUUUUGUUUUUUUAUUCUUGUUCCUGUAAUUGUUGUUAAUAUUUAAACAUGCAAAGAGCUAUUGUUAAAUAAUCCUACAGUCACUCAGACUCCCUGGCAAUUGAUGACUUUGCAAUAGCGUUUUCCAGAUUCAGAGAAAGCAUUGCCGUGUUCAUUCUCUAAAACUUUAUUGCCCAUGAAAUGACUGGAGCAGAGGAGCAUGAAGCUUUGGAGCUGUAACAAGGCCUGGUAUCACCAGAGGUGUCUAAUCGACGUGUAGACAUCUCCUCCCCUUCAGCCAGCUCUCCUUUUUCUUGCAGCCCCCAGACGUAGUGUACUUCAGAACCAGGGCCUUUUCUAUCCAAAGCCAUCUGCUUUUAAGCUCAAUUAUUCAUUCACGGUCAGUGUCAAUGAUUAUCGCUAUUUUAACCAGUUGUGUGUAGUAAAACUAGAAAAGGCUUAAGAUCCACAGCUAAAGCGCUAGGCAAGAAAGCCCUAUUUCUAUACCCAUUAUUAGGACCAUUCGAUAGAAUGAUUGUAGAAAGUAGUAGCAGUAAAGUGGCUAGUAAUGUAACCAUAAUUGAAUACCUGCCUUUCGAAAACACGUUAUUUUGGUGCUAAAGCAAUCUGUACAUGAGGGAGUUACACUAGUUUCCACUUUCAUGACUAUAGGUUCAUGUAAGCAUUGCUACCAGUUCACACCCGAUACAGUAUCAUUUCAGUUUAAUAAUUACUUCUGUGUAAUUGGAUACAUACUCAGGAGAAAGUUAAGGUAGUUGCAAGUUAACACUACAGCAGUACCACAUUUGUAUACCAUAUUAUAAUGUUAUAUAAUGAGCUAUAAUGUUUCUGUAAAGCUAGUCAAUGCUGAUAACACCUCAGAAAGCAAUCUCAGAGUUGUUUGGAUAAAGAGGUGAAGCAAUAACUGUCGUUCCUUUAAAAAAGCAAAAAUAUCGGAAUAUCUGCUCUGAUUAAUGAGGACUAUUGCAUUUAAUGUUUGUUGACUUGCUUUAUUCUCAAGCUUUUCUGUACAUUUUUUUAAGGAAAAUUAGUUUAUAUCUGAUACUAUCUGCUGCUGCUGAAUCGUGCAUACCAGUAUUCCUUUAACUUUAUUUUGGUCUCUAAGUUUUGCCUUCAGAUUGGUUUUACUGUCUUGUGCUGUAAAAUAUUCUGUUACAAAAAAUAUUUCAGUUCAGAAGAAAGGAACUCAUCUAGUGUUUGAAGACCUCUGGGGCCAAUCGCAGAGGCUACAUUAAGCAGGAGUCUCUAAUGCACCCUGUAAGAGAACUGAAAGAGCAGGUGAAAUCUAUUCAGAGCUUUCCUCCUUAACAGGGAGUGAUUCAUCCUUCUAAACAAAUAGCAAUAUUACCAUGCCCAUGAAUAUAUAAUUGUUCAUGCACAAAUAUGAAUAUUAUAUAGUAAUGUACUUGUUGUUAUGCAAUGAAAUACUAAUAUUAUCUCACCAUGGCUGUUUUCAGUAUUUGUAGCCAUUCUGCACAGAUAUUUGUGAUAUCUGCCUUCCAAGGUCGAGGUGCUGGUGUAAGGAAACAUUUGACUUUGCCAGUUAGAGACUGGAUCUUAGGGGUGUAGGUUCCCUGCAGCAGCAGACAUGCAUAUAAGGUCCGGGUCAGGUACCCUUUACCUGAAGUGACAUUUUUAAAAUAAGACCAUUGAAAAAUGUGAACUUGGAAUGAACAGGAUUGCGCAUGAAUGGGCGUGACAACGUAAUUUCUCUGUGUGUGUGUAGUGUAGGAGCCCCAGCCAGGUGUCCUGGAGCUGGAUUGGUGCUAGACAAAAUUCACUACUGUGGAAUACAGCUGUCAGUCUAUGUUAGUAUGUCUGUUGUUGUACUUUUGUUGUUGUCCUAUUGUUAUUAUUAUGGUUGUUCCAUCAUUAUUAUGAUUAUUUAAUACUGAAAUUUAGCCUCCAGUGUACUUCAUUUUUCUAAUGUAAUGCCAAUAUUCUUUAAUAUUUCUGUACUGUACUGUAUGUCUUUAGUUGCACAGAGUUGUUUGGUACAUAAACUGCCACUAUAUAUCUUUAAAGGUGCUUUUUUGUCAAAUGUACGGUAAUUUUCAAAGAUACAGAUGAAAUAAAUUAAAAAUGUUGUUAUACAGGGAUAUAACCAAUAUGUGAGUUUGCUUCAGUUCUCAGAAUAUAGUGUAAAGUUUGUUUUAUAAUUGACGUAUAUAUCUGUACUGUCUGUACAGUGUGAUACUCAAAUAAUCCUGGUUAAAAACGGAAUACAAAAAAACACUUAUGAAUAAAAACUGUUCAUAGAA